AUGGACUUAAAUAGAAUAUUUAAGAAGACCAAACCUGAAGCAGUCUCAUAUGGAACAGCUGGUUACAGGACAGAUAGUUCUAUUAUUAAGGAUAUAGUCUGUAGAACGUAUUUAUUUUGUUUAAUUAGAUCUGCACAGACUGGAAAGCCUAUUGGGCUGGUUUUGACUGCAUCCCAUAAUCCAUCAUCUGAUAAUGGAAUUAAAUAUGUGGAUUAUAAUGGAAAUAUGGUGAAUAGUGAGUGCGAAGAGCUGAGCAACAAAAUAGUGAAUGGAACAGACAAGAUAAUAACAGAAGAGUUAUCAAAAAUAAAGGGAGUAAAAAGCACUGUUGUUAUUGCACAGGACACACGAGAGUCUGGCCGAGAAAUGAUUGAGCUGUGUUUAAAAGCAAGCAAUGCUCUUGGUAGUACGCAUAUCUUGAAAGAUAUGGGGAUACUAACUACACCACAGAUGCAUUUUUUGAUUAGAGAACUUUAUGCACGGGAAAUAACAAACGAGGUGGUUACUGACUCAGAGUCUCUGUCUAAGCAGCUGUCCGAAGUACUUGACGUGUACUACAAGAGGAUGGAAAACUUCACACAUAUUAUAAAAAGAGUAUUUGGUGAAAAAGAAAAAGAGAAAAUAGUUUUAGACAGCGCCAAUGGGGUAGGGAAAACUAUUUACCCAAAAUUAAAAGACACUGUUUCUCUAAUAUGUGACUUAUCCAUUCUUACAAAUACAAAGGAUUUAAACGAAGAGUGUGGCUCUGAUUAUAUUAAAAGCACGGGGAAUGUACCAGCAGGAGUGGAUAUUUCUCGGUCGCAAAACAGAAUUGAUAUUCAGACGGACGGCGGAAAGGUUUCAGAGGAUCUAAGAAUUUGUUCUUUUGACGGUGAUGCAGAUAGAAUAAUUUACUUAAAACCUCUUAACAAUCAGCUGAUCGAUGGAGAUAGGCUAUCAGUUCUUUUUUCAUCUUUUUUGACCCAUCUAAUAUCUGUUGCAGACCUAAAUGAAAAAAUCACAACAGUUAUAACAGAAUAUACGAAUGGCGCAGCUACAAGAGAGCUUAAAGCAAAAGGAGAGGUAAAGGUAGCAGGCACUGGUGUGAAAAACAUGCAAAAAGAGACCGGGAAAGGAAUCACCGUAUGGUUUGAGAGCAAUGGGCACGGAACAAUAUCAUUUUCAGAUGAUAUAAUUGGUGUAAUUAAAAGUAUGCUGGGAUAUGAAUCCCAGAAUUCCGGGUUAUUAGAUCUGUCUGGUACGGAUUUAUCUGACACUGUAGAUGAACUACUAAGAAAGCCCAUGAAGAAUUUGGGGUUAAAGGAAAUGAGAAGUACUUCUCCAUAUAACGAGCUGUUUAUGCGCCUGUCCCCACAGGAGGCACUACUUCUUCUCUAUGCAAUGUCUGCCUUGUUUGAUCCUUUUAUUGGCGAUGCAGUUGUAAAUAUGCUUUUGAGUGAGUGCAUAUUUUACAGUAACUUUAUUCUUCCAAGUGUCCUUCUUGAAGUCUAUCAGAAUAUGCCAAAUAUUCUUACCUGUGUCCCAGGAAACAGAGACAGGCUGAAUGAGCUAGUUAUAGAGAGUAUAAAAAACAAGUACCAUCCUAUUAGAGUUCAUUUAAGACCUUCUGGAACAGAAGAUGUUAUAAGAAUAUAUGUUGAAGGAGAAGAUGAGAAUCAAUUAAAAGGAGUGAUUGAAGAGAUAAAGGCAGUGCUUGGUGAGUUAUAGGUAUAUUUAUACAGCGCAAACCAUGCGCCCUGUAUAUUCUGUGUAACUUUCAGAUUAUCUAUACACAAAUUGUAUCUUGCAUUAUUUAAAUUUUAUAUGCUAUUAUCACUAUUUAUAGGAAACUGCGUUAAAAAUAAACAGCCCU